CGUUAUUGCUGUCAGUGGUGACGAGACGUCGCAAAAGCAAAUAGCAAUUUGCUAAUUUGACUUUUGCAAACGCGAGGGUUCAGUGAAUUUCUUGUCUUACCAAGUAAAAGUUGGGAUUAACGUGUGAUUUAUUUAGAAAUUUUGUGUUAUUUUGUUAAAUGUCGUGACAGUGAGGAAAAAUGCAGUUUUAUAAGGAGAGGAUUCUCAACGCUGCUCAGUUAAAAAGACUAAGUGAACACAAAUAUUCUUGUAGCAGUGCCAGCUUACUUGAUGCAUGGCUCCAGCCAUGGUGGUGCUGGCUGGUUUCUAAAACGCCGCUAUGGCUUGCACCGAAUCUCAUCACUAUAUUAGGUUUAAUUAUAAAUAUAGUUACUACUCUCAUUCUGGUUUGGUACAGUCCAGAUGCAAGACAAGAUCCACCAAGAUGGGCAUGUGCCUUAUGUGCUUUAGGUGUUUUUGUAUAUCAGAGCCUUGAUGCUAUUGAUGGCAAGCAGGCAAGAAGGACAGGAAGCCAGUCCCCUCUUGGAGAGCUAUUUGAUCAUGGCUGUGACAGUAUAUCUACUGUGUUUAUUGCUCUUGGAGCUUGUAUUGCUGUUAAACUUGGAGAGUAUCCUACCUGGAUGUUUUUUCAGUGUUUCUGCGCAAUGACGCUGUUCUACUGCGCUCACUGGCAAGCCUACGUCACGGGCACCCUCAAAAUGGGUCGCAUUGACGUGACUGAAGCGCAGUACACGAUCAUCUGUAUACACCUCAUAUCAGCCACGCUCGGUGCCGACAUCUGGGCAACUCAGGUGGGCACGCUGGAGAUGCGGUACUCGCUGGGUGGUGCUGCGGUGCUCGGCGCCGUCAUGACGCUGGGCUCCCUCGCCGCCGCCAUUGUCGCCGGCGGCGUCGGCAAGAAUGGCUCCACAGUCGCCCUUCCGACGAUUAACGUCAGCGUUAACUUGCUGUCUAAUUACUUCGUCGUGCUCCUCAACAUGUACCUGGUCUUCGGAUACAUUAAGGUCAUAAUGCGCGGCGGAGUUGGGAAAAACGGCUCCACGGUCGCAGGCACCAGUAUCCUGACGCCAGUAUUUCCCUUCUCGUUCGUGGUGGUCCCGGCCUUCAUAAUCUUCCAGAAGAGUGAGUCGCAGGUGUAUCAGAAUCACCCAGCGCUCUACAUCUUGGCGUUCGGAAUGGUCGCCGCCAAAGUCACUAAUCGACUCGUUGUGGCACAUAUGACCAAAAGUGAGAUGGACUACUACGAUUGGGCCCUGGUGGGUCCCGCCAUGCUCUUCCUCAACCAGUACUUCAAGAAUGCGUUGCCGGAGUACUACGUGCUCUGGCUUUGCUUCGCGUGGGUAGUGGUGGAGCUGAUCCGAUACUGCGGGCAAAUAUGCAUGGAGAUCUGCGAGCACCUGAAAAUCCAAUUAUUCCGUAUCUCGCCCGCGUCCGCUCCCGCUUCCGCCUCCGCUCGCCACAAGCAAGCGGACAGAAACGGUACGAACCGGCGCUCCGCUCCCACGACGCGAUAUUCUUAAGACUAGUCGUUAGCUUACUUGACGAGUGACAGUGACGUAUUGGAGAGCGAAGACACCGCGCCCUUAGUAAACAAUAACAGUAUUAGUUAAUUAAUUGAGUAACACUUAUUUAAGCAAAGCGCAUUUAAACUGUGACCCCUUUAUCGCCGUAAGCGUUUGAACCCCGAUUAACUCCGGAACUGUCUUGUUGACCGCUUUUUAGGAAUAUUGUAUGACGUUACUUAAACUAGAAUUUAUAUUUUCUCAUUACCACAGAGUGUGUAAACUUAGAUGUUGACUUUUUAUAAUG